AGGUAAUGCGGGUGCCAGCUGUUACCACCAUAUCACUCUUCUCUUCACUCUCUCUCUCUCUCUCUCUCUCUCUCUCUGCUUGCUAUUUUGGGGUUAGGGUUUUCCAUUUCCGAUCACUGCACCACCGUAACCACCGCAACUCUCUCUCUCUCUUCAUCCACGAUCUUAAGCUUGGAGGUAUUGCCUAGUUUGCUGCGUCGCUAUGUGCUGCCAUUUGGCCUAUCACCGGCAGCCACUUGGUUCUCCAGUGUAAAACUCAAUGGUACCAGGGGGCUAGGGCCUAGGAGUUAUGGGCUGCUUUCAGGAUGUUAAUUGUCAUAGAGGUUCUUUGUGCUGUCAGUUAAUUCUAUUUUUCACCUGGCUUCCUACUUUCCUAGAUGUUACAGCACAAGCUGAACCUAGGCGAAUUUCUUCCCUGGUAGAGUUAGCUAAGGAACCUACUUCUGGAGAAUCUGGACUUUUUGACCCCAUAGAAAUAUCGCCUGCUGUCAUACCAAAAUUCCCACAUCCCAGCGAGUCUUUUCCUCCAAUGUAUCCUAUUUUCCCAAGCAAAUAUGAACCAGUUUUAACUGGUAAAUGCCCUGUAAACUUUUCAGAAUCAGAAAUAUCAAAUAUGCUUGAUAAAACAGCAUCUGAUUGCUCUGCACCCUUGGCAUCCCUUGUAGGGAAUGUAAUAUGUUGUCCACAGUUUAGUAGCUUAAUCCACAUCUUCCAGGGUUUUAUUAGCAUGAAAUCCAAUAAUUUGGUUUUGCCAAAUGAAGCCGCUGAUCCUUGUUUUUCUGAUAUCAUUAGUAUCCUAGCUAGUAGAGGGGCAAAUAGUUCGAUCCCCACACUUUGCUCUGUAAAAUCAUCUAAUUUGACAGGCGGAUCAUGUCCUGUGAAGGAUGAUUCUACUUUUGAAAAAAUAGUCAACACAAGUAAAUUACUCGAGGCUUGCAGCACUGUUGAUCAACUUAAAGAGUGUUGUAGACCUAUUUGCCAGCAUGCAAUAACAGAUGCAGCACUUCAGAUUUCUGGAAGACAAAUGAUGAUCAAUAAUAACGAAAAUGUAGCUCAAGAAGUGAAUUAUACUGAUUAUCUCAAUGAUUGUAAAGGUGUGGUCUAUUCAUAUCUUUCCAAGAAACUAUCAUUUGAAGCUGCAAAUACUGCAUUCCGAAUACUAUCUUCUUGCAAAGUCAACAAAGUUUGUCCUUUGACUUUUAAGGAGCCUUCAGAAGUGAUUGCUGCAUGUCGGAAUGUAGCUGCCCCUAGCCCUUCCUGCUGUAGUUCAUUAAACACAUAUAUUGCUGGGAUACAAAAACAAAUGCUAAUUACAAACAAACAGGCUAUAAUAUGUGCGUCACUUUUUGGUUCUAUGUUACGUGUAGGUGGAGUUAUGACAAAUAUUUAUGAGCUUUGUGACGUUGAUUUGAAAGAUUUCAGCAUACAAGCAUAUGGACAACAAGGUUGCCUACUUCGAAGCUUGCCUGCAGAUGUGGUAUUUGACAAUUCAUCAGGCUUUAGCUUUACAUGUGAUUUGAGUGACAACAUUGCUGCGCCCUGGCCUUCAUCGACUUCAAUUACAUCCAUGUCACUCUGUGCACCCGAGAUGUCAUUACCAGCACUACCAACUUCACAGACAUUGAAAAAUAUUGGUUGUAAUUCUGCCGGAGUGGGAUUCCUUGUGAUUAUUUUUUCAUUUUUCAUCUGCAGUACACUAUUGUACUGAAGUGAUUGUAGGAUGAAGAUGUGUGUCGGUUAGGCAUUUCCAAGUGUCUUAGGUGUUGGUUUUGCUUGUAUAUUUUUGAAUGGCCUCAUUGUAUAGCAUCUCAUUUUCCCCUCCUUUUCAUGUGUCUCCUGCUUGUAUAUUCUGAGCAGACCGUUCCUUAGUUAGUGCUCAGUUGAUUUAGGAUCCAAAGUUGUGCUGUGAAGGGUUCAUUGUUUCGAAAUUCUGACAAAAGACAAGCAGAUGCAGGAUUACGUGGAG